GUCCAAAACCCUGUUGCUGUAUUUGGAAGCAGCUUCAUCAGAAAAGCAGGUGUGUGUGAAGCGAAUAAAACCACAAGGAGGAAGAAAGACAAAGUUGGUCCUUCCUGAUUUGUCAGAAAUUCAGGGACUGGAUGUGAUGAAGUGAUGGAAACCUUUCUUCUGCAGUUUAAAAACAUUUUAAAGAAAAAUGCAACAUGCUGUCAUCUUCUGCUUGUUCUCAGUUCUCUGUGAUGCAAAAACGCUGAUCCAAACUGAAGGAGGAAGCAUCACAGCGAAGUGCUCCUUUGCUAUUUCUGGAGGAGGGAAAUUUCUCUGCAGGCACCCGUGUGAAGAUGGAGACGUUCUCCUUAAAACUGAAGCCACUGAGGCUCAAAGAGGCCGGUACAGCAUCAGAUACAAAGAGGGAACUUUCCCAGUUUCUUCUACAGUUCUUUAUGUGAACAUCUCACAGCUGACCAAGUCUGACUGCGGACGGUACAGGUGUGGCUUGAAAAGGCGCUUCAUGAUUGAUGCACACCAGGAGUUCAACAUCGUAGUCACAGAUGCCCUGAAUUCUCCCCCUGACAGACCGAAGCAGCUGGACCAGCAGCAGACUGAUGAGACGGGAGCUUCUAAAGUUCACAUUCUGCCUCUGGCUUUCUGUGUCGCGGUGCUGAUUGCUGCAGCUGUGUUGUUCCUCUACAAAUGGAAAACCAGGAGGAAAUCAGAUGGUUCGACCAGCAGGGUGCAGUCAAGCUGCAGGAACAACAGAAGCAGUAGAAAUGUCCAGUUUGUCACCUCAAAGUGUUCAAACUGGACCCCUCCACCCGAUGGAAGUUGCUGUGGUGAAAUUUACUGUAACCUCUGAGGUUACUGGCAUUCAGGUGUUAAAAGAAAUGCUUUCAUUAAUAACUAUUUUUAUGAAUAAGCACUGUCUCUGGGUAACAUUAUGUUAUGUGUGAUAUUUCAUGUUGCUCUGCUGUUUUACUGUCUUUGAAACUAUUUUAUGUUGUUAAAAGCCCAUCUGGGGAUAUGCAUUGCAAAUUAGUG